AAAGGAUAAUUAUUUAUGCGUAAAAUUUGUAAACAGCAACCAACAACCUAACUACUUUAUCCACUCAUCUCUUUCACCUCCGAGUGCGUGUUUUCUGUGUGAACAAUGGCGUCAACCAGUGCGCUCACAUCUCCACUUGCCAAGUCUAUGCCGCUUUCUGGCUCCAUAUACAGAUUAAACACCAGCUCAAGUCCAGUUGGCAUUUGUGUUCUAUCUCAGUCUACUUACCAGAAGUUGAUAGUGAAACAGAAACCUCUUCAAAUUUGCUGCCUAUUUGGUGGUAAGAAAGAUGAUGGUGAAAAGAGCGAUGAUGCUCCUUCAAAGGCGGGAAUCAUGGGAGGAAUGCAAGGGUUAUAUGAAACAGUGAAGAAGGCGCAGAUGGUUGUACAGGUCGAAGCAGUCAAAGUGCAAAAAGAACUUGCAUUAGCAGAGUUCGAGGGUUACUGUGAAGGAGAGCUCAUAAAGGUUACUUUGUCUGGGAAUCAACAACCUAUUCGCACUGAGAUUACUGAAGCUGCGAUGGAGCUAGGAGCAGAAAAACUUUCACUGUUGAUCAACGAGGCAUACAAAGAUGCACAUCAGAAGAGUGUGCUUGCAAUGAAGGACAGAAUGAGCGGCCUAGCUCAGAGUUUAGGAAUGCCUCCCGGCCUGACCGAGGGGUUCAAGCAAUGACUUUACGUAGAGGUUCAAUUUUGUUACUACCCAAUGUAUGUACGUUUGCUUAAAUAAAUCUUCUCUUGGCUUAAAAACAAGGAUGUAAACGAAUCAUAACUUAGCUUGAUUGAGAACCUAUAGCAUGUAACUUUCAGAUACAAUUGAUCCUAUUCUAAGACUUGCAGAAGUAUUUUCCUUGAGGAAUUAA